AGUGUCCGGGCAGAACGAUGGGGGUGGAGACACUCCUUCAGGUAUACUGGACCGAGGCCAUUUAGGGCUUUAAAGGUCAGCACCAACACUUUGAACUGUGCUUGGCAACGUACUGGGAGCCAAUGUAGAUCUUUCAAGACCGGUGUUAUGUGGUCUCGGCGGCCACUCCCAGUCACCAGUCUAGCUGCCGCAUUCUGGAUUAGUUGUAGUUUCCGGGUCACCUUCAUAAAUGUGUUUGGAUCAUAUUUUGGCCCAGGGAGGCAUGUUCUGUUGCACUUAAGGUCAUAAUUGCUAAAGUGGGAGAAAUACUCACCAUGGUUUCCACAGCAAGCUAAUUUGUGGAUUCUUACUGAAGAGUGAUGCUGCUCAUUCUGGUAGAAUAAAGGAAACUGAAGAGGGAAUCUAAAUUGUGUUGUGAUAAAGGGGGUUGUUGGGAUGUUGGCUUCACACCCAUCUGUUCUUGACCCUGGUGCUCCUUUCUCUCCCCCUCCCUCCACUUUGCCAGCCUCCAUAUUCUUAGUUAAAUUUGUACUUGCUGUCUGGUUUUGCUGUUCAGAAGGCACUACCUUGUUAAACAUAAAAUAUUAAAAGUAAUAGGUUAAUCCAAGCAAGUGAUAGGCUGCAGUUGUCAGAAAUAUUCACUGGCUACUUCAACAGCAGUAAGUAUUAUUUGAAGUGUAGCACAGUGCUGGUUCCCACAGUACCUGGCACUUGUCCUUUUAGUUCAAUAGUAAAGCUAAUUGGCAGUAGAAACUUUACCGUGGGAAAGGUGAGCUCUUGCCAUGUGAAGUACAGUGUGAAUCGCUAACUUUCCCACGCUAGUAUGACAUUAUGUUCCUGCUAUCCUUGUUUGAUUAUCUACCAUUGUUUGCUAUCUCAUGGUGGCAGUAUAACAUUUUUUUAAAAAAAAGAACUAAUGCAGGAAAUGGGUAUUUACAUAUGACAAGGAAGGUGAUAGACAUUCUGUUCCUCCAAAACAAUACCCUGGCUGGAUCAGUGUGUUAUGUCUCAGGCAAAACAACUAGGCACCCAGCACAAAUCAAAGGAAAUGUGCACUCAAGUAAUUUUUUUGUUCAUAUAAAAAUGUUUGUGUCUCAGGUGUGCUCAGUACUCCUUAUUGGUGAAAUGAGAUUAAGCAGAAACUCUGGCCUGCAGUUAAGACAAAGUUCAAAAGCCAGUAUUUAAGAUGCAAAACUUGUGUUUAACACUACAUCAUGUGAGAUUGUUUCUUUAUAAAGAUCACCUGAUUUACUGCAUGUAACUGAAAUGCUUCCACAAGCAAUACUUCUACAAGCAAUAAAAAUUGCACAUCACAAAGACAGACCCUUAAGAUGAUACAGCCAUCUAUUACAGGUUGUCUUGUUGGAAGGGCAAAGGAGCAGGACAAAUCUUCAGUCAAGAGGAAAAUUUGGAGUGAUCAGCUUACCUCAAAGGUUUCCAAACCAGAAGUUGCUGUUGAAACAGAACACAGAACUGCAAAAGGAGUUCUUCAGGCUUCUGAUCUUACAGUAAAAGGUAAUCCUUCAUCUCGGUAUUGGAAGGAAUUGGCUGAGGAGAGGAGGAAAGCUCUGUAUGAGGUGUUGCAAGAAAAUGAAAAGCUCCAUAAGGAAAUUGAAUUAAAAGAUGGUGAAAUUGUUUGUCUAAAAAAAGAAAAUGAAGAGCUUGCAGAGUUAGCCAGCCAUGUACAAUAUAUGGCAAAUAUGAUUGAGCGACUAACUGGACAAGCACUAGAAAGUCUAGAGACACUGAAAAAUCCAGACGUGGAAGAAAUUGCAUAUGAGGAAAGUGAUUCUACUGAGGAUGAUUUAGAUGGAGAAACCGAAGGGGAACCUUCCAGCUCUCAAGGAAUUCGACAGAUCUGCUGACAAAUGAAACAAGUAAUCUCUGAAAGUAUUGGGCCUCUGAAAGGGAAAAUGAACUGCCUAUGUGUCAUGUCUGGGGUGGGGAAGAGUAGAAUCCUUUGAAAUCUAAAGAUUCACUUGAAAUUUCAGAAGGUGGAUUUUGCAGCGGUGGAAGUACAAUGGAAGUGUUAGACUUCAUCUGGUUACUUGAUUAAAUGGGAAUACUAUGUAUUUCAAUUUGUAAAUAGUUUUUUAUUCAUGUAUGUGGAACUGCCAAAUAAACUUCUCUGCACAGAUA